AUGGUCUCCAUAUAUGAUGCAGAGGAUGCAUCCAAAGUAGGCCUUAUCAAGUCUCUCCCUAAUGCAGACACCAAAUUGUUGCUGUUCCAAGCUGACAUAUAUGACCCCAAUGAGUUUCAACCCGCCAUCCAAGGAUGUGAGUUUGUCUUUCAUGUGGCCACUCCAAAGCAGCAUAUCAACCAAAGCUCUCAGUACAAGGACACAGCUGAAGCUGCUGUUGCUGGGGUUAGGAUCAUUGCUGAGUCUUGCAUUCGCUCACAGACCGUUAAGCGACUCAUCUACACUGCAAGCAUGCUAGCUGUGUCGCCAAGGAGAGAUGACGGGGUUGGAUUCAAACCCUGCCUUGAUGAAUCAUGUUGGACACCUCUUGAUGUCUCAUUUACUUAUGCCACUGAUUUUUCAAUGGUACCUCUUCUUGCUUGGUAUAUCAUAUCAAAGACAUUAGCAGAGAGAGCAGUGCUGAGCUAUAAUGACAUUGAUAAUGGUAAACUGGAAGUGGUAACGCUUCCUUGUGGCUUGGUGGGAGGAGAAACUCUUCUGUCAUAUUUGGCUACUAGUGUGGGAGUACUUAUAUCACAACUUACUGGGGACUCUUUUGGUUACAAUGGAUUAAAAUUGAUGCAAGAAGUUAACGGUUCGGUUCCUCUUGUACACAUUGAAGAUGUCUGCCAAGCACAUAUCUUCUGCAUGGAACAACCAUCCAUGAGUGGUAGAUUCUGCUGUGCAGUUGCCAGUCCGAAUAUCAACGAAAUUGCAAGCUACUUCCAAGAAAAUUAUUCAGAACACAAGAUAGCAAAAGA